AUAAGACUGCUUCGCUCUCACCCUCACCCCACCCGCGCAACCCAUGGUCCUGAAGCUGUACUCGGGCACGCCCACCGUCGGCGGCGCGUCGCUCGUCGCGAUCACCCUCAUCGAGAAACAAGUCCCGUUCGAACACGUGCUCGUCGACCUGACCCUGAAGCAGCAAAAGCUCCCGGAGCACAUCGCGCGGCAUCCCUUUGGCCAGGUGCCCGUCAUCGACGACGACGGAUUCAUCUUGUACGAGGGCCGCGCGAUCUGCCGCUACCUGGCGGACAAGUACGCGGCACAGGGCACGCCAGGGCUCAUCCCGCCUGCGUCGGACUUUCAGGCGCGCGGGCGGUUCGAGGCGGGCGCGUCCUUUGAGGUGUUCAAUUUCUAUCCGCAUAUGAAGGCUAUUUGGGCGGAGAUCAUCCCGAAGCACAAUGAAGGUCUGCCAAUCGAUCAAGCAGGACUCGAUGCUGCGCGUGCUGCCCUGAAUGCGCGACUGGAUGUGUAUGAGGUUAUACUGGGGAAGCAGAGAUACAUCGCCGGUGAUACAUUCACCGUCGCUGAUAUCCUCCACCUGAUGCAUGCACCGAUGCUUUUGAAGCGAACUGGCAUAGAUGUGGUCACGAGUGAGGAGCGGCCGAAUGUAACGCGGUGGUGGAGAGACAUCACAGGACGGCCGUCGGUGCGGGAGGUGAUAGAUAACGGCGUCAUCAAAAGCAGACUGAGCAUUCCGUAGAAUUUGGAUCAGGAAAUUAGGCACUUCGAGUGCUCAGCCCACCAUAUCGCACCAUAUCAGACUAUAGACAUGAGUUUCACUCUUGUACAACGCAAAUAGAUCUUUCAAAACCCAGGCGCUUCUCUUUCAUCCAACCCGGGGCGUGAUCGAACACUCAAACGGCU